UCAUUAUUUUUGUUUUUUGCUGAGGUGACGUGGAGUCAGACCAGACGGACGCCUCAGCUUUCGUGCUUGCGUUUUCUUGCGUCGUUGAAGCAUUUUGGCGUCAAUGGCUCGUCCGCCUGUUUAAAGCUUGAGCCUCGUUCGCCGACAAUUCUUCCGAAUGUUUCUUUUGGAAGUGUAUACACGAGCUCCGGCGUAGACGUGGGGGUUCGAAGAUUCCGACGGGAAAACAGGAGUUAUGCGCUGUGGAAGAGGACACCUGUCAGGCGGCCAGCGGAAUACAAUGAUCCAGCCUUACGUCUUGCUCCUGUGCUUCCUGUCAGCCGGGGCACUCGGCUACAAGCAGGGGGACAUUGUCACCUUGUAUGUCAACAAAGUGGGUCCUUACCAUAACCCUCAGGAGACGUAUCACUUCUACACCUUGCCUGUUUGCCGGCCGGAGAAGGUGCAUCACAAGUCUCUUAGUUUGGGAGAAGUGCUGGAUGGUGACAGAAUGGCAGAAUCAAUGUAUCAAAUUCGCUUUCGAGAAAAUGUUGAGAAGAAAACUCUUUGCCAGCUCACACUUUCAGAGAAACAGGUGGACCAGCUCCGCGAGGCCAUCGAGGAGCUAUACUACUUUGAAUUUGUCCUGGAUGACGUUCCACUUUGGGGUUUUGUGGGCUACAUAGAGGAGAGUGGCUUCCUGCCUCACAGCCACAAAGUGGGCCUGUGGACUCACCUGGACUUCAACAUUGAGUACAACGGCAACUCGGUGAUCUUUGCCAAUGUCUCUGUGAAGGAUGUCAAACCCGUCCCCUUGGAGGACGGUGCCGGAGCAGCCGUGGGUGGCGUCGGGGUCGGCGGAGGAAGUCUGACCAUCUCGCACACAUACAGCGUGCGCUGGUUCGAGUCGCCCCUGCCUCACGCUCGUCGAGCGGAGCGCCUUCGGGACUAUUCUUUCUUCCCCAAAACAUUGGAGAUCCACUGGCUGUCCAUCAUCAACUCGCUGGUGCUGGUGGUGCUACUGCUGGGCUUUGUCAUCAUUAUUCUCAUGCGGGUCCUUAAGAAUGACUUUGCCAGGUACAAUGUGGAGGAGGACGCGGCUUGCGAUGACCUGGACCAAGGAGACAACGGUUGGAAGAUCAUCCACACUGACGUCUUUCGCUUCCCACCUUACAAAAGCCUGCUGUGUGCCGUGCUAGGCGUGGGGGCCCAGUUCCUUACCCUGGCCACAGGAAUCAUCGUCAUGGCGCUCUUGGGAAUGUUCAACGUGCAUCACCACGGAGCCAUUAACUCUGCGGCCAUCGUUUUGUAUGCUCUGACCAGCUGUGUGUCGGGCUACAUCUCCUGCAGCUUUUACACGCAAAUCAACGGCAAGCGUUGGGUGUGGAACAUCAUCUUGACCUCCAGCCUCUUCUCCGCUCCUCUGUUCCUAACGUGGAGCGUGGUCAACUCGGUCCACUGGUGGAGCGGCUCGACGCAAGCCUUGCCGGCCAGCACCGUGCUGCUCCUGCUGGGCGCCUGGGUGUUGGUGGGCUUCCCGCUCACCGUGAUCGGCGGCAUCGUGGGCAAGAACCGAGCGGGGAGCUUCCAAGCCCCCUGCCGCACUCGCAACAUCGCCCGGCAGAUCCCGCAGCAGCCCUGGUACAAGCACGCUGCCGUGCACAUGGCCAUUGGCGGCUUUUUGCCAUUCAGUGCCAUCUCAGUGGAGCUUUACUACAUCUUCGCCACAGUGUGGGGCAGGGAACCCUACACGCUCUACGGCGUUCUGCUGUGCGUCUUUGCCAUCCUCCUCUCUGUCGGCGCCUGCAUCUCGGUGGCCCUCACCUACUUCCUGCUGUCGGGCGAAGACUACCGCUGGUGGUGGCGGAGCGUGCUAAGCACGGGCUCCACCGGCCUCUUCAUUUUUGUUUACUCCGUGUUCUACUACAAGAACAGGUCCUCCAUGAGUGGCCUUGUGCAGAGCAUGGAGUUUUUUGGCUACUCUCUGCUCACAGCGCUGGUCUUCUCACUGAUGCUGGGCAGCGUGUCCUUCUGGGCCUCGCUGACUUUUAUUCGCUACAUCUACCGCAGUCUUAAGAUGGACUAGGCUUUGGAAAGGUGAUCACACACAACAGCUGGCUUUGGUCUCCUAUUCAUGCUCAUGCACACACCCGACAUGGGGGGGACAAUAUAUCGUGAUCAUUAUCAUGGAUUGUCAGAUGAAGGGUGCAUGUGGGAUGAGUGGAUAAACAAAAUUGAGUAUGA